AUGUCGUCUCAAGGCCCAUCACCCUCCGAUUUUGACGACAUUGAUAUGCAAGAUGGGGUCGAACAAUCCAUACCGAAUGCUCCCCCGCCCCAACCCCUUUUCUUUGCCUCAACUCCUUCUGCAGCAGGUUCACCAGCCCGUCUGUCUCAAGGGACUCCAGGAGGACCAUCGUCAAUCAUGGCACGUAGGGCAAUUGGAAUGAGCACACCUAGACGGCAAAGAACACCUCUAUUUGCUCCGAGCUCGUCUCCCAUGUCGUUCCCUAGCUCUCCAAGUAAGCCUAGGACACCUGCACGUGGUCGGGGGUAUGGGAUUAGCUCAGACAUCCCAGGGUCCGAUCUUGAUUCUGAGCCGUUGGAUUUCCCUGGCUCUCCUGCCACACUUGCUACACCCAAAAACCGCCGUGGUGAUAUUCAUUCCUCUUUGAGCGUUACUCCAUCUCGCGCCACUCGUCGUGCUCGCCGUCAAAGUGAUGCCUCGGAUGUGGACUUCAAUUCCGAUGGCACGCAUCUCUCACUUCCUCGCUCUUCCGCUCCCGAUUUAUCCGCCGCGACCGUACCCUCUGACGAACCUGAUGAGAUACGCGCAAUUUGGGGUACCACUGUUAACAUAAAUGAAACCAUGCAGACGUUUCGCGGCUUCUUGCUCGGUUUCAAAAUUAAGUAUCGCGUGGCUUAUGACCGGGAACGCAACCUGCGUACGCGCAUGAUGGCAACACCGCAGGAAGGUGAGGCAACGUUAUACAUCACGUACUUGCGCAGGAUGCGCCAGACGGGGGAGACAAAUCUCAAUCUGGAUAUGACCAAUCUUUCCGCGUACCCACCAAGUCGCAAGCUGUAUACCCAAUUGAUUAAAUACCCUCAAGAAGUCAUCCCUGCCAUGGACCAGGUACUGAAGGAUAUGAUGUUGGAAACUGCUGAAGAAGACCAGCGGAUCGGCAUGGAGGGCAUGCAAGGCGCCCAGGGUGAGGAAGAAAUAGCGGAUAUUAUGAGCAAGGUUUAUAAGAUUCGGCCGUUUGGUAUGACCUCCAUUAAUAUGCGUGAUCUGAAUCCAACAGACACGGAUAAGCUGGUCUGUAUCAAAGGGCUUGUCAUUCGUGCGACGCCGGUCAUUCCAGACAUGAAGGUCGCAUUUUUCCGCUGUCUCAAGUGCAACCACACGGUGCAAGUCGAGAUUGACCGAGGUAAAAUUGACGAGCCAGCACUAUGUCCUCGGGAUGUCUGCGCAUCCGUCGGGACGAUGUCCCUCGUACACAAUCGUUGCGAAUUCGCGGAUCGGCAGGUUAUUCGUUUGCAAGAGACACCGGACGCAGUGCCAGAUGGACAGACACCACACACGGUCUCCCUGAGUGUUUAUGAUGAACUGGUCGAUGUCACUAAACCUGGAGACCGCCUUGUUGUUACGGGUAUCUUCAGGAGCGUACCCGUCCGUGUAAAUCCGCGUCAGCGCACGCUCAAGAGUCUAUUCAAAACAUUCCUGGACGUGGUGCAUGUACGCCUUAGUAGCUCGGAGAGAUUGGGUCUAGAUCGCAGUACACGAUCAGCUGGUGGGGAUAGGGCUCCGGGGGUAGGCGGUGUAGGCGGAGGUGCGGACGAGGACGAGGAUGGAGAGCAAGGAGCAAACGGUGAAAGGGAAGGACGACUAUCAAAGAGGGAAGAAAUGGAGGCAAAGCUUCGAGAACUCAGCCAACGAGAGGACAUCUAUGACUUACUGGCUCGAUCGCUAGCUCCAUCAAUCUGGUCUUUGGAUGACGUCAAGAAGGGCAUAUUAUUGCAGCUAUUUGGCGGUACAAACAAGAGCAUUGCUCGAGGAGGCGGAGCGGGUGGUCCGCGGUAUCGCGGAGACAUCAAUGUGCUGCUUGUCGGUGACCCUGGUGUGAGUAAAUCGCAGAUCCUCCAGUAUGUGCAUAAAAUUGCACCUAGAGGUGUUUUCACAUCUGGUAAGGGGUCAUCAGCCGUGGGUUUGACUGCCUAUGUCACCCGGGACCCUGAUUCGAAACAAUUGGUUUUGGAAAGUGGAGCCCUUGUUCUGAGCGACGGAGGUGUCUGUUGCAUCGAUGAAUUUGACAAGAUGUCUGACGCGACCCGUAGUGUAUUGCACGAAGUUAUGGAACAACAAACUGUCUCUAUUGCAAAGGCAGGGAUUAUUACAACACUGAAUGCACGGACUUCAAUUCUUGCGGCAGCAAACCCGAUCGGCUCUAAAUAUAACAGGAGCGAAACAGUAACUCGCAACAUUGACUUGCCACCCACGCUCAUAUCUCGUUUCGAUCUGCUCUACCUUAUUCUUGAUGAAGUAGAUGAAGCCCUUGACCGAAAGUUAGCCCAGCAUCUUGUAGGGCUGUACCUCGAAGACGCACCAGAGACUGGCGGGCAUGAUAUCCUGCCACUUGAGCAGCUUUCUGCGUAUAUUACCUAUGCCAGGUCUCGUAUCAACCCUGCUAUCACAGAAGAAGCAUCCGAAGAGCUUGUUCGCUGCUAUGUCACAUUGCGCAAAGCAGGCGAAGACCCACGUUCGAACGAGAAGCGAAUCACCGCAACUACCCGACAGCUCGAGAGCAUGAUUCGUCUGUCGGAAGCCCAUGCGCGGAUGCGCUUUUCACCUUUCGUCGAGCUUCAAGACGUCAAAGAAGCGUAUCGUCUGAUGCGGGAGGCGAUCAAUACCAGUGCCCGAGACCCAACAACUGGAGAGAUCGACAUGGGUCUGCUGGAUACUGGUAUAGGCAGACAACAAAGGAAGAUGCGUGGCGAUAUGCGGAAGGCAGUUUUAGCAAUGCUCGAUGGAAAUAGCAGAACGCGGGGCGUCAGAUGGUCGGAUGCACUACAACAACUCGAGAGCCAGAGUACGAUCAAGGUCAAUACAGCGGAGUUCCAAACAGUCAUAAAAGAGCUGGAGCAAGAGGGCUUGGUGAAAGUGGUGGGCGAUCGAGAGAGAAGAACGAUCCGUCGCGCAGAGGGAGCGUAA